AAAUAAAUAAAUAUAAAUAAAAAUAAAAAAAAGAAUUGAAUGAGUCCGCUCGCUCGCUCACUCGCGCGCACUAGUGAUCUAUUCGCUGCACAGUAACAAGAAAGAAAAUGGGAGAUCUCUGCAAAUCCUCUAUGAUGUUCUUCUCAGAUCAACAUCUCUGUUAUGCCGAUAUCCUUCCUCCCUCAGAGGUCCGAGCGAGAAUUGAAGUAGCAGUGCUUAAUUUCCUUAAGAUCUUGAGUUCUCCGACUCCUGCAAUCUCAGAUCUCUCUCUGAUUAGUAGAAGGUCGAGUAAUAGCCGAGUGAGUCGGGGAUUGCUGACUGAUGUUUCGUGGAUUUUUCUCUCUCAUUCCUUUUGCACGAGGUCUUUGAUGAGAGAAAACACUGCUAGAGCCUUUAUUAGAGUGUGGAAGGUGAUGGAGAUGUGUUACCAGAUUUUGGUUCAGGAAAAGAGACUCACACAGAGAGAGAUGUUCUACCAGUUGCUUUGUAAAUCGCCAGACUAUUUCACAUCUCAAUUGCAAGUCAAUAGCACUAUUCAAGAUGUGGUGGCGUUGCUUCGAUGCAGCCGUUACAGUCUUGGGAUCAUGGCAUCUAGUAGAGGGGCUGUUGCUGGUCGCCUUUUGCUGCAGGAGCCAAAUCAAGAAGUUGUGGACUGUUCUUCAUGUGGAUCGUCUGGGUAUGCUAUUUCUGGUGACCUGAAUUUGCUGGAGAAAUUAGUCAUGAAGACAGAUGCCCGGUAUAUUAUCAUGGUGGAGAAGCAUGCAAUAUUCCAGCGACUGGCAGAGGAUCGUAUUUUCAAUCAAAUUCCAUGCAUUCUUAUCACGGCCAAGGGAUAUCCAGAUGUUGCCACAAGGUUUCUUCUUCAUCGAAUGAGCCGAGCUUUUCCUGAAUUGCCAAUUUUGGGUUUGGUAGACUGGAAUCCAGCCGGAUUAGCCAUACUAUGCACCUUCAAGUUUGGAAGCAUAGGGAUGGGCCUGGAAGCAUACAGAUAUGCUUGCAAUGUGAAGUGGCUUGGACUGCGCAAGGAUGAUCAACAGUUUAUUCCUGAACAGUCCUUUGUCCCAUUGAAGCCACGGGAUCUUCAGAUAGCCAAAAGCUUGAUAUCGUCAGAGAUCUUGCAGUUACAAGGAAGAAUUGGCAGCAAUGGUUCAGAGUGGUCACAGAGCAGAAAUAGAGGCUCUAUACUUUCACGGGUACGAUUUCUUAGGGACGUACAUUGCAAAGAAAAUUGUACAAGCCAAUUAUAUAUAAUAACAUUAACGACCUUGAAACUUUUGUGUAGUGUCUUCUACCAUAAGCAGCAUGAGUACCAAAAAUUCUCCAACAAAUUCAACGACUGUUUGAUAAAGUAGAGCUGCUCUUAAUCUAGUCUCAGCCACAAUGUACAGAUUGUUUCAAAAAUCUAAACUUUAUUCAUUCAAAACAUCAAGCUCUCAAUCAUUAUGAACAACUA